CAGAUUUGCUGGCCUCACUUCAACAAAUUCUUCCACCAAAUUACACUUAUCAAAUAAAAAAUUAUAACGAACUUGAGCCAAUAAUUACUGCUGAAAAUGUAAAUAUUGGACAAAUCAACAUGGAUUUAUAUGUAGAUAUUAAUACUAAAGAAGAUGCUUUAAGUUGGUUAAAUAACUUUCAAGAGAUAUCAAAGACUACCAUGCGUAUGGAAACACAAAAACAAUAUAUUGACCUAUUUAGUAUAGGACAUAUAGCAGCUACGACAAGACAUAUAUACAAAGAUAAACUACACUUAUCUGCAUCAGAUGAUGAUGAACUUGUGUAUUUCUUGGCUGAUCGAGCAAAAAACCUAGAUAGAGGCUUCUUAAGGCAUCUUUAUCAUCAAUUCUGUUUGAUGAGAAGAGUAUAUGAAAAGAUUCUUGAGGCUAGUGAACUUUGUUAUCUGAAUGCAUCUGCAGCAUUUGAUCUACUUAAUACAUCUAUUAGUCUUCUUUAUACAAAUUGCUCAGUUGGUGCACUACUAUUAGAAAUAUUUUUAACAUUGAAUGAAGCUAAAGUUACAAUUGAAAACACAAUAAAUUUACUUAAAACAAUCCCACCAAACAAUGCCUUCUCUGGACACGGAUCACAA